ACUAUUGGCAUCGGGUUCGCUCUCGAACGUUAAGCUAACUUCAACCAGGCUCUGACAUCCGGUAGAAGCUGACGGUCAUCUACUCCAGCUAAGGGCUGAACUUCAUUCACUUUGGACGGGAAUGUUAGGUUUGCCGGUGCGGCUAACCCAGUAAACAUUCGACAGAAUGCUCUCUCGUAUGUUGUUCACGCUCAUCAACAACCUCCGCGUCGUCGAGAAGUUGGCGGAGUCUCGUCCGAUUCGCAGGGCGGCACAGCUCACGGCUUAUGCCAUCACCAAGGCCCAGAUAGCCGGCCGGGACGCUUCGGGGCGGGUUAUGCGGUCCCAGACAAUGCGACAGGUCCGAGACGAGGCGGGCAAAGUCCCCAGUGACCUGGGUGAGGUGGGCAUCCGGCUCAGGAGAGUCAAAGAUACGUUUGUGAACGAGGUGAAGGAGGGAUGGAAGGAUGGCUCCAGACAGAUAAAGAAAUGACGAAGACAGCCUUGAUGCAGGAUGUUCAAGUGACUUGGCGCAAAACUGACAAUAUUCAAUGUUUUUUUUCUUACUUGUAUUGAAAAUAUAAACAGCAGAAACGAGAACAACAACAACAAUUAAAGAGUUUGGUUGGGAGUGAUGUUGGUCAUUUAUGGCCAGAUCACAUGUGUUAAACAUUGAGUACCUAAGUCAAUUCACUGUAGUGACAUUUCUGAAAACACAUGGACAUUUGCGUGUUUCGUUUUCCAGAAAAACAGAUGUAAAGGAACUAAGGUUACGUGCACACCACUACAGUCAACUCCAAAGACCUCAGGAACUGCACUUUAACAGCUUCAUGUGAACCAAUAAUAAAAACCACACAGUGGUAUCCUGAUAACAAAAUAAAUCGAUAUUUUUCUUUCUUUCUUUCAAAGACACUGAUCCUACUGGAGACAUUUUGACAUGAAGUUGUCAGUGGACAUUCUAUGUGUAUUUAGGUGGAUUUGGUAUGUGUGACAAUAAAUGAAUAAUUUCACACCAAUUGUACAAAUAAAGAUGGAUUAUAACACAUGAA